CCCGGCUCCGGGCCGCUGCCGACCUCAGUGGGAAGGGGCCGCGUCGCCCGGCGACAUGGGCGGCGAGGUGGGAUCCGCGGCGGCCGUGGGCUCCGAGGGCCGCGUGAAGAGCCUGGGUCUGGUGUUCGAGGAUGAGCGCAAGGGCUCCUACUCGAGCGGCGAGACGGUGGCGGGGCACGUGCUGCUGGAGGCUGCCGAGCCGGUGACCCUCCGCGCCCUGCGCCUGGAGGCCCAGGGUCGCGCCACCGCCUCCUGGGGCCCGAGCGCCGGCGCCCUUACUUCGGCCAGCGCCGCUGCCCCGGCCGCCGCCUCGGAGGUGGAGUACCUGAACGUGCGCCUGAGCCUCCACGAGCCCCCAGCCGGCGAAGGCAUCGUUCUGUUGCAGCCUGGAAAACAUGAAUUCCCAUUCAGCUUUCGACUUCCGUCAGAACCUUUGGUAACCUCGUUCACCGGAAAGUAUGGAAGUAUUCAGUACAGCGUGAAGGCAGUUUUGGAACGACCCAGGGUCCCCGAUCAGAGUGUGAAGCGGGAACUCCAGGUUAUUAGUCACAUUGAUGUCAAUACACCAGCGCUAUUAACUCCUGUAUUGAAAACUCAAGAGAAGAUGGUUGGCUGUUGGUUUUUCACCUCUGGUCCAGUCUCGCUGAGCGCCAGAAUUGAAAGAAAGGGAUACUGUAACGGAGAAGCUAUUCCAAUCUAUGCAGAAAUAGAGAAUUGUUCCUCUCGUCUGAUUGUCCCCAAAGCUGCCAUUUUCCAAACCCAGACAUAUUUGGCCAGUGGAAAAACAAAGACCGUCCGUCAAAUGGUUGCCAACGUGCGAGGAAACCACAUCGCUUCUGGGAGCACAGACACGUGGAAUGGGAAGACCCUGAAGAUCCCACCUGUUACCCCAUCUAUCCUGGAUUGCUGCAUUAUCCGAGUGGACUACUCCUUAGCUGUGUACAUUCACAUUCCUGGUGCUAAAAAAUUGAUGCUGGAGCUGCCUUUAGUGAUUGGCACAGUCCCAUAUAAUGGCUUUGGCAGCAGAAACUCCAGCAUCGCCAGCCAAUUCAGCGUGGAUAUGAGCUGGUUGACAUUGACCCUGCCAGAACAGCCUGAAGCACCACCAAAUUAUGCAGAUGUGGUAUCAGAGGAGGAAUUCUCGAGGCACAACCCUCCUUACCCUCAGCCCCCUAGUUGUGAGGGAGAAACAUGCUGUCCUAUGUUCGCCUGCAUACAGGAAUUCCGGUUUCAACCUCCGCCUCUUUAUUCAGAGGUUGACCCACAUCCUAGUGAUGUAGAAGAAACCCAGCCUGUUUCAUUCAUUCUCUGAACAGAUAUCAGAAUCACUGUGUUCAUCAUCAUAUUACAACGUUGUUCUUUCCUCCUGCCUUUCUGGAGGAGUAGGAGGAAAGGAUGACUUAAGAACAUGAAUGAAUACCAAGACUGAAGGCGAGAAAAAUUAAAGAAUAUGUGAGCUUUCCAUGGGCAAACAGGAUCGUCGCACCAGUUUAUAUGGUGGUCGUCACAAGUCUGUGUGAUGGUCGUCACACCCCUGUAAGAUAGUGGGAUGAAGAUGUGACAAAUCGCAGAAUGCAGUGGAAGUCUUGAUGGUGAUAGAGUAAGUGGCGGGGUGAGGGUGCCUGCGCUGACCCACCAGAAAGUAGCCUGCGUAUAUGGUGGAAACACUACGCAAGUAAACCUUUAAAAGGUUUCUCAAGGUGGAGCAAAGUAUCCUAAACUUGAAGGCAAUAUGGACUUGUUGGAAGGAGACUUGGUUGUGGAGAAUGUGGUGGCACAGGGGUGCACGUGACUAGGAGCCUGGCCUGCUUUAAAUACAAAAUGCAACCCUCAGGUUUCAGGGUCUUCCUGAUUUCUUACCAUGCUCCAUAGGAUUGAAACCCUGGCAAGAAUCCUUUUCUCAAGUUUACGGUUGCAUGAGGUCCUAAUGAAGUAACACGAUUUUCACACUUUCAGUGGUAUCUUAAGAUGUAGAUCAUAAAUUGGCUGUACAGUAUUAUGAAACCAAGAAAGGGUUCCUUGAAAAGCUUGUUCAAAGGGGAAAGACAGGAUGAAUUUGAGGAUGAAAACAUGUUUUGUUGAAGACUUGAUUUUUUAUCCCCUUUGAGCACUUUAACGGAUAUUUUCCUCGAAUCUUCCUUACCUAGAAGCACAUUGCAAAAAGAGGAGGGGAAAAGGUUGUAUCUUCAAGAUGACUUGAUACCUGUGGAGUCCAAAAAAAGCCUUUUUUUUUGUUUUGUUUUUUUUAGCCUACCUCCAGGGGUGUUUUUUUUUUUUUCCCAGUGGGGUUAUCAGCUAUGUUUUUGGAACUAUACACCUGAUAAGUCUCCUUUGGUGUUUCUGCUACUUGGCAGCAACAGUCUAACCCAUCCUGAAAUCUGAAAGUGGACCAAGGGAAAACCUAUAAAGUUAACAUUAAGUGGAAUUAAGUAUAGGUACACCUAAGGUUGUUCCAAAAAAAAAAAAAAAAAAGGCAGAGUGAAAAGGGGGUAGAAAUACCAUUGAAAAGGACGCAAAUUUGAUUUCUGUCCACAGACAUAAGGGUACUAAUGGCAGUCACUUUGUACAUUGUUUUUCUGAUUCUUUAGUAAUUCUAUUGAAACUGUGAUUUUCUUCUUUGUUUUAGUGCAAUAUUUUUUAUUAUCAUUUUCUCUCAGGAUAUUCAGACCAAAAGAAUUGUGUUGCUGCUCAGAGUCUAAGCAGUGUUCUUACUGUGCCCCUCUCCCCAUUCGAUUCGUGGUCACACUGUCACUUGCUUUUCCUUUAAUCUGUUGGUGGUGUGAGCUGAGAGCAUUUCUGGGAGGUAGGGAUUCCCACAAUGGAGGCUUUGGGUCCUCCAAGGGCUUUGGUUUGUCCUAAGGUUUGAUCUAAAAACCCUGGUGCUUCCCAUGCCGAAUGCUGUGUGCUCCACUCCACAGAAUAACUUACUUUUCUUUCAGGCAGUAUAUUCAGUUCAAGAUAGAGAAGUUCUUCUAUGGUUAAAUUUUGUAUUUAAAAAUUAGCCAUUCGAUCAGGGAUUUUUCUACAAACAUUAGGCAGACGUAGGCUUUUCCCCCUUCGGGACAUGGCUCUCUUCUCUACAAUCACGGAAGCGUUGUGAGCACUUCUCUCCUUGAAACCACUGUGUAAAGCCAGCCUGUGAAACUCUCAGCACCAGUACUUCUUUCUGGCACUGACACUGUCGCAAAACUCGCUCCCAUCUCUGGUUUUUAGUGAGUUUUUUUAAUUGUUGUUUUUCUUUGCUUGUUUGUAUGGUUCGAAACAGUUACAUUUAUUUAAGUGCUGUCUAAACCAUUUUAUUUUUACUUUAAAAAAAGAAUCUCUUCAGCUAUUUUUUACUUCAUCUAAGUUGUGGUUUACAUGCCUUGCGGAGACACUCUUCAACUCCCUGAUACCAAACAAAGUCAAAGAAACCUCCUAAAUACAGAGGGAGAGAACACUUCAGGAUUUGGCUUUGCGUAGAAAAGCAACUACUCAAUGGACUCCUCCGGAAUUGUUUUGUCAUCUUUAUUAGAGAAUCAUGCGGUGCUCCCACAAAAUGGAAGGAGACCCGCUGGGUAGCAGCACCUAGAACAGCUAAGAAAGGCUGGCUUGCCUUGUUGAGCUGAUACUGGUGCACCUCACCUGAAGCAGCCAGCUGAAACUGUACUAAAUACCUUCUUACUUUAGUCAGGAAGUUAUUUUAUGAAUGGAGAAAAUCCUGCAUUGGAGCAAGGAAUACUUGGGAGUGAAUAGUAAACAUUUAGCUGCUGUUAUUUGCCUGUUUCUCCCGCUACUGCUCUUGUUUAAUUUGCAAAGAAACCGUGGCCUUAGAAUUUUCUUUUUGCUGCAAACAUUUUGAAAAUGAAAACGUGCAUCUUUUGGCACACAAAAUCCUUCCGUGGGCAAAACUUUACUUUUGAUGUUUUUGUUUUGCACAAUAAGAAAACUAGGCAGGGGUUUUGUUUUUCAUAAGUUAACUAUGAAAGCUUUUUUUUUAUUUUUAUUAUUAAAAAUGUAACAAUUUAACCCACAGGGGGAAAAAUAAAGAUUGUAUUUUGUACUCUUGUUUGAACCCCAUGGGUUCCUUUUGUUAAUAAAAUGAUUACUCUGA